GUUUCGCCUUCAUCCUCAUCCAUCGUGAGUGAAGUAACAAUCGAGUCUGAGUGCUGAGGGCAUCGGCUUCUCUGUUCGCAUGUCGAAGGAUCGUGUCACCGCUUUUGCAGUGCUCCAGCUGUUUGUCUUUUCUACUGCCAGAACAAUCCUCGAAACAAAUAUACGACGUUAUCAUGGGCGACACCAUUGUCAAUGUCACACAGUCAUGAUAGACUAAUUCUAGAAGCACAUCGAGCUCAAUGAUCGUUUGUUUGCACGAAACAAGGAACAAGAAUGAUAGAUUAAAGAGGCCUCAGAAGACUUAAUCAUGCAUGACCAAUCUGACUUCCUAUCCCAAAACUCUUAGGGUUUUUUGAACUAGCACAAGCUCGCGGAGAGCGGAAAUACCGCUGCCAAUCUCGUACACGUAGAAUAUCUUCUCCGUCACUAUUUAUCACUGUUAUCUAUAUCUCGUGCUUAUACUCGUAGCUAUUUUUCUGAUUUCUGAUUACGUUUAUCCUUUUUUCAAAUCUAUCAAUCAUUGACUUAGUGUCUAUUCGACAAUCUUCUCACCGAUCGCAUCUUUUUCUAUUCAUCUCAUUCCCCUAUACGCACCUGCACUUAUUAUGAGCUUCAUUCACUACGUCUAAAGUAUAUCAUCCCCGAUUCCCCUCAAUAUCAUGCACACCACGUGAUAAAAAUCCGUAUUUUUUACGCUGAACUAUUAUAUCUUCGCUAGUAUUGUCACCAGAUUAUUGUCCCUGGUCAAAGUAGAAAUUGUAACAGAUCGAUGAGAACUACUUCUAGUAAGUAAAAAUCGUAAUUGAUAUUCAAGAACUAUAUUUUGCAACGCAAAGGAAAAGGAACUUCGUUGAGUACUAGCAUUUGGAUUCAUGUUGUAAGAGAACUGUGUAGGAAAUUCAUAUCCUUAUUUAUUUAUUCGUUACCGCUAAAUCGCUCCUUAUUGAUUAGUACAAUCACUACUCGGCUAUUGUUCACGUAGAUAGCAUUACUUAAACUAAUAUACCUAACUACAACUUACCUCUAGCGCUAACUAUCAGUAUCACCAAGAAAGAGAUAUAGAAAAACUUCUCCACCCUAAAAACCACCCGAAAGAUGAAGUUCCCUACCUCUCGUGGCGGGUUCUCGCGACCUGUGAAAAAGCCAGACGAAAAGACGAUGAGGACAAAGAGGCACGAAUUUUCUGCGGACUUGGAAGCAGAGCUAAUGCGUGAAGUCGCAGCAGCUAGUGCAGAAGUGGAGAGAGAAAAAGAAGAAGUAGCGAAGGACAAUGAAGCAGCCGAAAUGGAGUUGUUUGUACUGAUGAUAUUUUUCUGUCGAAGAUAGAUUAACUCAAUCAGUACAACAGUAAGUUUUAUUUUGAGCCACGUUUGAAUGUGCUGCGUUGACUUGAUUCAAAGAAGCAAGUAAUUCUUGAAUGCUAAAGAAGGGGAUCACCAUCACUAUCAAAUAACUCUUCCUCAUCCACCUCAGGGCCAAGAAAAACGUCUGCUGAAACGGUGCAUGGAGACAUUGAGGUUGAAUAACCACGGCCAAAUAGUAGGCAGGGAGGAGGAGAUGCAGCGCAUCGAUGAUUUCAUCACGACAUCGGUGAAGCUAUCUGCUGUAGCGAAGGCAAAUGCAGCGUCUGCAAAGAGCAGCAGUUGUACUCCUCCCAGUACUAGUCCCGUAAGCGCAACUUCUUCGAAGAGUGGGACUCGAGGGAAGUCAACAACUACCAGCAUGAAGAUGAAGACGAAAACAAGUGCAGCGGCAAGUAAAAAGCAAAAAGCAACUUCCUCUCCAAGAAAAGGACAAAAAAUGCAUCUGGCUGAGGAUGCAGAAGAUGACAGCUCUCCAAAAGGACAAAUGCAUCUGGCUGAGGAUGCAGAAGAUGACAGCAUGGGGGUAUCUGCAUCUGCAUCUUUUUCCUCUUCAUCCAGGGACAGUAGGAAGCCAAGUGGCAAGUCCAUGUACAUCAGCGGCGUCCCUGGUGUAGGCAAGACCUUGGCUACGACACACGUCCUUUACCGCAGAGACGAAGUCGAAAGCAAGCUGUUGAAUUGUCUCAACAAUUCAUCUGAACACUCUGCUGGCACUCCGUUAGCCGUCUGUAAGGCGAUACUGGAAGCAUUGCAGAACGCCAAGAGUAGUUCCUCGGGUUCUACUUCUACGACUCCUGCUAGUCCUAUGGACUUAGUUUUUGAUGAAGAUAUUGAGGCGACCGGAAAAAAGAUGAAGAAGAUGAAGGUUGCUGCGAACAAAGCUGCCGCUGGAGGUGGGACUGGCGUUAGUGGAGUGUACUUUUUUAGAGAAUCAUCAUUGUUUCAUAUUUUUGAAUUCCUAACAAAAAAAUUAUAUAUAAUCGUAGCUACUGAUCAUAUUGUUCUUAAGUACCCAAUAGAUUCGGUUUCGUAAUGAAUGGUUCAUCUUUCAACUCCUCUCCCUCCAGCCUCGCCAAGAUCGAGCGUUUUGUGAAGGAGGAGCUUUCAGAGCCGUUCGUCCUUGUUUUGGACGAGAUAGACCUUUUCUGCAAGCGAAAACGUGGCUCUGAUGAUACAUUUGCGCGUCUAUUUCGCUUGUCGAAACAUGGUCCUCUGACGGUGAUCGGCAUAGCCAAUUCGAUUGGGUUAUUGGAUCAGCAACGAACACUCCAUAACGGCAUUGACCACGUGGAAGAGUUGGUGUUUCGACCUUACAGUACAGAGGAAAUGAAAGCGAUCAUCCUUGGGCGAAUCGGACAGGCAGCGCUUGCACCCAAUAGUAGGUCGAGUCUUGGAUCGAAGCCGAGCAUGAACAAUCGAGCCAGCAUUGCGAGCAUCAGCUCUCUCGCAGAAGCGCCUUCAAAUCAGAUCAUCAGAGAUCCAGCGGCAAUUUUUGGCCCCUCUACUCUCGACUUCUUGGCCGAACGCGCCUCAAAGUCCAACAAUGGAGACUGCAGGAAAGCAUUAGAACUGAGUGCUAGGGCACUUGAGGAGCUGAAAGCACGAGAAGAUGCGCGAAGUAAUAGUAAGGAUGCUAUUCCUAGUAUGGCGUCUCCACGAACAUCACGUUCUGAUGUGAAGCAUGUGUCAUCUUCUGGAUCGGCCUCGCCCUCUCUGUCUGAAGCUUCAACUUGUUGCACGACAUCCGCAUCUUCUUCGUCUUCUGCUUCAAGUAGUUCAACAAUAAAGAGCAAAAACCCUUCAUCAAGCUUCGUCCUUGCACCGAUACAGGAAGGAGGAGCAGCUUCAUCUAGUAAAACUUCUUUUAGCAGUCUGAUGAAGGAUAAGACUGACUUCGUUGUGGGGAUGGAUAUUGUCACGUCUGUCGUGAAACAGAGUGUCGGAGUUCUUGACGACAUCGCACCGCGAGUAAGAGCACUUCCGACUAUGCUCCAAAUGGUUUUACUCUGCUUCUGCGUCACCGUGUCCGAUGUGAAUGAUGAAGGAGUGACUGUGCAUAGCCGCAAUCCCGACUACUGUUCCAAAGCAAAACGCGCGGCAGAUCGCAAAGCAGGUAAAAAGAAUGUUGGCGCUUCUAGUGGUUCAGGCACAGCAACUGGAUCAUCUGGGGCAAAUGCUGGCCUUGAAGACGUCACAAGCGUCGAGUUGUAUGGCGGGUCCUCAACGAAGAACACUCAGGCGAAACAAAAACAACUCGUGGACAAACUCAUGGACGCUUUCGACGCAACGGCAGCAGCAGCUGCUGGCGCUGCAUCUUCUCAAGUAGAACAAACGACAUUUGCAUCUUCUUCGUCUCCCUCCACAGCGAUGAGAAGUCCAGUCAGCAGACGAACUACCUUGAUGGAAGAGGAAGUGCUGACACAGUCGCAAAAUGCUGUAAAAAACGCUCUGCUGGAGAACACUAGCAAAGGGGAAAAACUGCAUAACCCGUUCUGUCAAAGCAAGAAAGCGGUGACGACAAAGACAAAGACAGAAACUGCGUGCAAAAGGUAUAAGUAUUUACAACAGUCUAAAUCUUCUACGGAAAAUCCCUCUUGUAAGAAAAAUGUAGGAAUAGAUGUAGAUUACUUUGAAAUUUGAAUUUAAGUUUUUGAAUGGAGUGGUCAUUAAUAGAUGUAGAUUACUUUGAAAUUUGAAUUUGUUCGUUUUUGAAUGGAGUGGUCAUUAUAAUAGAUGUAGAUUACUUUGAAAUUUGAAUCUAAGAUGUUCGUUUUUGAAUGGAGUGGUAGAUCCAUCCAAGACCAUCGAAGACCUAGUUUCUUCUUACCAAACAACAUCAACAGAGCCUUAACGACGAACGAAGUUAAAGAGAUUUUGGGUGAAAUUUACAAGCGUGGAAAAAAUUGCGGCGUGAGCUUCAAGGUUCAGGAGGCUGUUUGGAAAACUAGUUUGACGAUUAAGGGGAUCGAGAACCUACUGUCUAUGCUGGACGAAACGCCGAUCAUCCGGAUGGUAAGUACGAUCGUGAUUCGUGAUAUACGUGGCGUACUCGUCGUAGGAUUAGCGUUAGCUUAUCUGCUUCUGCUCCAUCAUCAACGCACGACUCUUCUCUCCACCUCGUCUAUAAAGUAAGAAACAUCAACUCAAGAAUUUGCAUGCAUCCUACAAAUAUGAAAUAACUACAAUUUGUUUUCCAGGUUCCGAAGAUCGGGAAGCAGAAGCAGAAGAGGGAACUCUGUUACAACGCAGUCGAGGUGUUGCGUCCGAUUUGUCAGAAGAACGACUCGCUGACGCAAUUAUUCCUGGACAAAACUAGCGGAGUUAAAAGAAUCUCCUAGAUUGAAGAAUCUCCUAGAUUGAUUGUAUGGUCAUCACGUGGAAGUGGAUGUUUUUGUUUAUUAAUGAUCUUGGCGUUAAGACACUUCCUUGGAUUUUUUUACUUAUUUGUUUUUCUACCUAGCUACAAAUUGAUAACGGUGAACGUGAAGGGAAGAUUAUUCGCAAUAUGCAUGACUAGUACGCCUACGCAAGUGCAAAUCAAUUAGCAAUGAAUUAGAAAGCUACGACAAAUUUCCUGCUCGGUUAUUUCUGAAUUCAAUUACUGUGUGACAUUAUAUCUUUUCAGCAGUUCGUUGGUGUUGGUCAACAAAGAUCGUAGACAAAUGAUGAUUGGUUGAAAGAACUACAUGUAAGGGUGUCUCAGGGUGGCCGCGUUUACGCUACUACAAAUGGAAUUUUUUUUACGCUACUACAAAUUUAUGGGUUUCUUUCAACAGGACCGACAACGAUAUUGAUUCCCUUACCAAAAAGGUGGGACAAAUUGAUUGGUAAAAAUGUUGUUGAAUAUUGGAGGAGCAUCUACUGAGAACAACGGUAUGCUCAUCUCGGCGCUAAAUGUGUUGGCCUGAUUGCGUGGGUCUUCUUUGUAAGUAGGUUGCUUCUCAGAAG